AUGUCCCUUCUAUCCCUCAACUUCGACGUCCUUGAAGCCAUUCUGUCCUUUGUCGAAUCGCGAGAUGCCCUACCGCUCAUGACUACCUGUCGCGCACUCCAUGUGCCCGCGAUGCGGCGGCACUUAUUCGAAAUCACCCUCCGCUGCGACCGCCUCCGCGAGUCGAAGAAGACUAUGAAGUUCUGCAAAUUCAUUCUCGGCGAUCCCCAGGCCCGCGCUCGACAUCUUAGAGCGCUGACCCUCUUACUCAACCACCAACGACUACUAGCCUCGCCUGUCUCCGACCACCUUGCAGAAGUUAUUCGGCAUGCGACUGGCUUGCGUAGGAUAGUCUUGGAUGGCGCGGGCGACAACUUCUUCGAUAGUGCUCCCGCACUCACAGAUGCACUUGCUGACGUUGAGUCACUCAAGACUAUCCGCCUCACCUUCGUGGGUCCAAGAGGGAUCGCGUUGCUUUCGCGUAUGAAGAGUCAGCCGCGAACAGUCCAAUGCCGAGUCAAUAUAGCAUACGCCAGGCAGCCAUGGCAAGGCCCGACACAGUUCCUGCAUAACUUUGUUCGGAGCCUGACUGUCUUGGAGCUCCAUGACGCGCUCGAUCUCUUGACGGUGGAGACAGAGUCCCAUGUGGUAUGGCCCCGGGUUCAGGAACUCGCUUUGAUGGACGAGAAUGUCAAGCGUGAACACUGGCAGUUCAUAUGCCGUGCGUUUCCCAACCUUCGUACAUUACGCAUGGAUGGGACGUUGAUAGACACUGCGGGCGCCUAUGCCGAAUGGUCGGAAAUGGAUCUCGUCCAGACGAGCAAUCCACUCCCACUGCGAUGCCGUGUACGCUGCGUCGAACUCAAUAUCAGCCUGGAUAAGCAAUUUCUGUCCCCGCACAACGUCGCCGACUAUCUCGAGAUGCUCGGAAAUUGUUUGCCCAUUGCGUUAAUCUGCCACCUCAAUCGUUGCAUACUGGACUAUCUGCCUGUGCUGCUGCAUCGCCUGCGCUUUCUCCACUUGGAGACAUACGAUUUGGAGCCACCGGCGCCGCGCCUGUUGAGCAGUGUAACCAGAUGGGUAGAUGCCACACUGCUGAGUCUUGCGUCGACCCUUGCCCGAUCACGGGUCCGCGCCGUCAUCGUUGAACUUCCCCAUAACUGUACCACCAAGCGCGCCGAGCUCCGUUCGCACGCCGAGAACAUCGCGACGCACGCUCGGUGUAUGGAACUCAUCGGUCUACACCGCCACGGCUAUAAAGGGAGCACCCUCAGACAAGUGGGAGACCUGCGAGACUGGAGAUUCUCGCUCUGCAAUUGGUACCAUGUUACAUCGAGGACGACCGAUGGCACCCCACAGCUGAGCAGAGUUUCCGAGGUGGAUGUACCGAGAUUAGUUCCGCUCGUUCAAUCUUGCAAAACGCUCGAGUAA